AUGAAUCCUGAACCCCCACAACAACCUCAACCCCCGAGGUAUACCCUCCGCACCUACCGACCAGGGGAUAUAGGCUGGAUAAUCCACCGCCACGCAACACCCUACGAAACAGAAUACGGCUGGGGUACAAAAAUGGAAGCGCUAGUAUGCAAAGUGGGGGCUGAAUUCCUCGACAACUACGACGCAUCCACAGACCGGUGCUGGAUCGCCGAGCGCAACGACGAGUUCCUCGGUUGUAUAGUUCUUGUCCAAGACAGAGAGCUUGUCAACACAAGUUGCGUCUCCUACUUGUUGAGCCCAGCGCGCGGGGCCUUGGACUCGGCCGUGCUUUGA